CAAGGAGGUAGCUGAAGCAUCCAAGCCACUAAUGUGAGCACUGGAGGUCAGGAGCUGGAGGAGGGAUGGCAGCAUUUCUGCAGAUGGACUAACCCAGGGCUUCCCUUUCUUCACAAGCUCUUGCUGCGGAAGGGGCACGGAGGAUACAGCAUGCCAGGGUGGGUGCCAGGAAACUCAGACAAACCUAAGGCAGAUCUUCUAUGUGGUUAGAUUUGAACACGGGAACCCAGCUCUACAGGAGGCUGUGAGGACUGCUGAAGAUGUCCGAUAGUGUGGAUAUUGAAGAAAAACCUCCAGCCCCCCCUCUUAGAAUGAACAGUAAUAACCGUGAUUCUUCAGCGUUAAAUCACUGCUCCAAACCACUACCCAUGGCACCUGAAGAGAAGAACAAGAAGGCCAGGCUGCGCUCUAUUUUCCCAGGAGGAGGGGAUAAAAGUAAAGUUUCAUUGUCCAGCAAAAAGAAAGAGAAGGAACGCCCGGAGAUCUCCCUCCCUUCAGACUUUGAGCACACCAUCCAUGUUGGCUUUGAUGCUGUGACGGGAGAAUUCACUUUUGGAAGUACCAUUGGGAUUUCUAACACUCCAGAUCUCUGUGGUUCACAGAUGGGCUCAGGGAAACUCGCAGAGGGAAUCCCAGAGCAAUGGGCUCGAUUACUGCAGACCUCAAACAUCACCAAACUGGAGCAGAAGAAGAACCCUCAGGCUGUGCUAGAUGUCCUCAAAUUCUAUGAUUCCAAAGAGACUGUGAACAACCAGAAAUACAUGAGCUUUACGUCUGGAGAUAAAAGCGCACAUGGAUAUAUAGCUGCUCACUCUUUGAACACAAAGACUGCGUCAGAGCCCCCUCUAGCCCCUCCAGUCUCAGAGGAGGAGGAUGAAGAAGAGGAAGAGGAGGAGGAUGAGCCCCCACCUGUGAUAGCCCCACGUCCUGAACAUACAAAAUCUAUAUAUACACGGUCCGUCAUUGAACCAAUAGCUGUACCUGUACCAGCUAAAGAGGCCUCAACUUCCCCAGUAACCACCCAGCCAGAAAACUCAAGCACGAGCACUUUGUACAGGAAUACUGACCGACAACGCAAAAAAUCCAAGAUGACAGAUGAAGAAAUCCUGGAGAAAUUAAGAAGCAUUGUCAGUGUGGGUGAUCCUAAAAAGAAGUACACAAGGUUUGAAAAGAUUGGCCAAGGGGCAUCUGGUACAGUGUAUACAGCUAUAGACAUUGCUACAGGACAAGAGGUAGCAAUAAAGCAAAUGAACCUUCAGCAGCAGCCCAAGAAAGAGUUAAUUAUUAAUGAGAUCUUGGUCAUGAGGGAAAAUAAAAAUUCGAACAUUGUGAAUUAUUUAGACAGUUAUCUGGUCGGGGAUGAGCUCUGGGUAGUCAUGGAGUACCUGGCCGGGGGUUCCUUGACUGAUGUUGUCACAGAAACCUGUAUGGAUGAAGGACAGAUUGCAGCUGUUUGUCGAGAGUGCCUACAAGCCCUGGAUUUCUUGCAUUCAAAUCAAGUUAUACACAGAGAUAUAAAAAGUGACAACAUAUUGCUUGGGAUGGAUGGCUCAGUAAAACUUACUGACUUUGGUUUCUGUGCUCAGAUUACACCUGAGCAAAGUAAACGUAGCACAAUGGUGGGGACACCUUACUGGAUGGCACCUGAAGUGGUGACGAGAAAAGCCUAUGGACCUAAAGUGGACAUUUGGUCUUUAGGAAUUAUGGCCAUAGAAAUGGUUGAAGGAGAACCGCCUUACCUUAAUGAGAACCCUCUCAGAGCGUUGUACCUGAUAGCUACCAAUGGAACUCCAGAACUGCAAAACCCAGAGAGACUGUCAGCUGUUUUCCGAGAUUUUCUCAACCGAUGCCUAGAGAUGGAUGUGGACAGGAGAGGUUCUGCCAAGGAGCUUCUGCAGCAUCCAUUUUUAAAACUAGCCAAGCCUCUUUCUAGUCUGACUCCAUUGAUUAUAGCAGCAAAGGAAGCCAUUAAGAAUAGCAGCCGCUAGCCACGCUGGACUUGAGCUGUAGCCUCCACAUAAAGAACACAGAACUCAGCAGAAUCUGAAAACCUCAUCCCCUCACAAAGCAGGAUUAACCAGCUAACCAGCUACUGUCCUGGGGAAACAUAACCCAUCAUGAUGCACCUACUUGUGUCUUCUUCUACCUGCCCUUUUGGAUUCCUCAAACUCUCUUAAUUUUUUUUUUUUUUAAUUGUAAGUAAGAACAGGACUUAAAAUUCUAUAUGGCACGUUACAAAAAUGGUGCUGCACGUCCGCACGUUAAUCCACUGCAGAAACUUUCCGUAGUUGGGUUGUACUUUCAUAAUGGACGAUUCAUUUUCUGUCUGGUUUCGUCUUUGCUUUGUAUUAAAAGAGAAAAAAAAUGAAAAAAAUCUUUCUGCAUUUUCAAAAAAUGCAACAUCUGUAAUGACCUUAAAGCAUCUGUAACAGGUCUGAUGGUCUUUGUAGACCUCAAAUCCCACUUAUUGUGCUGGUCUUACGUCCCUGUUUUCAGUACAGGGUCCAUUUACUUAAGGUACAGUUUGCAUGUAAGAGUAAUCAUUCAUCAAGGAGAAGCUACAAUGCAGUGUCUGCCAUACAACCAUAUGAGACAACAUGGAGACCGUUACUCCGAACAAGAGCUAUAUUGUGCCUCCCCUGGCAGUCUAGAGGUUAAUAUUGAGGAGGGAGCAUGGCACACAUAUUUAAUCUGGAGUAAAAGAAAAAAGGAGUCACUUGGUUCAGUUUGAUACUGUUCACCCUUGAAGUGCUGUUGUUGUAGCAUAUAAGAGGAUUUCACAGCCAGGCGUUAUCUAUUAUAAAAUGAUGAAUAAUAAACUUGGCACCUAUAGCCUACACUCGGGGGACGCAGCCGUUUUGUGGGCUAAACUAUUCACUAGGGUUUUUCAGGAUAAUCGCAUAGGAACAAAAAUUAUAUUUAUAUAAUAAAGAUUAUUAUUCAGGCCCUACUGGUUAUGAAGUGGGUGAGUGAGGUCACAAAAUGGCUGCUGAUACUGGGUAUAGGCCAUGUAUGCGGUGACUGGGGAAUCAUGAUAAACAGCACUGGAAUAAACCUCAGAUCAUAAUACCAGAAGGGAAAGGUUUUUGUUUUCUUUAUUAAGCACCAAAGACAAAAAAUGACCCCUAUGUUAUAACUGUCCACCUAUUUAAUGCUGUACCUUUUGUCAUACAUCAAGGCACUCCUGUAUCAAAGCCGUCUUGUUUCCUCUAGCACACGGAGUCCAUAUUUCUUGCGCUUCAAAGCAAUAAAGUUUUGAUACAUGAGGUCUGUAGUGUUUGCUCAGUGAGCGUCAGGUAAAAGGCUGGGAGCGGGCAGGAUUUCCAUUCUAAGUGCCCUUAGUGAGGGAACCAUUAGUGCCAUGAGGAUUCUGCCAGGCGAGUGUAGGAGGUGGAGAUGAAGAGAUCGGAGCUGUUGUCCAGGUGUGAAUAUUAACAAUUGGAAACGUUGCCAAAGUACAGAGACUUAUCUUGAUACGGAUGUGGGGAUUGUGGCUGAGCCUCCUUAGAUGCUAGAUUUACAGUAUAUGAUUAAUUCUAAAUCUGUUGAUGGGCUGCUGGAAUACUAAUCUGUAUACUAGCCAUUCAUGGAGGCUGUGGUUCCUUAUUUUAUUCCUCAAAAGUCUUUAUCACAGAAGAGCUAGAUGCAAAAAGGAAUAUUGUACUUAAAAGAAUGUAGCUCUUGUACACAUCUUUUUCUGGUCUUUAGAGAUAAAGUAGAUUUCAAUUUAAUAAUACAAAACCUCUUAAACUGUAGCUGUGACAUCUCAAUUUAGGCCCAAAGAAACAUUGACAGACUGCAAAAUGUUAAAGAAAGUAGGAUUAAGGGUUUGAAAUUUAUUGCAAGGGAUUAGAAAUAGAAUUGUAGCAAAGAUAUGUUCCGUAGACCAUUAUAAUAAUAAGAAGAAGAAGAAAAGAGAUGAGCUGGAUGUGGACCUAGAUCGUGACGUCAGACGGAAGACGGACGGAAGAUCUUGACGUCACGACUCCGCCCCGUGUGACGUCACGCCCCCUCAAUGCAAGUCUAUGGGAGGGGGCGAGCCAGCCGUAACAGGUGGGUGCUGCGUGCUUUAUUGCGGGGGUCCCCAGCUGCGGGACCCCCGCAAUCAGACAUCUUAUCCCCUAUCCUUUGGAUAGGGGAUAAGAUGUCUAGGGGUGGAGUACCCCUUUAAGGCAUGGACAUUAUUGGUAAAAUACCCAAUGCAUCUUUUUACUCUGCCUAUAGGAGUGGGGUGGUACUAAGCAGAGGACCUCUUUCUCAAACUCUGACUGAUUCUUGGCUCAUACAUUCUUUUUCUCUAGAGACCAAAAAGAAAAAUACAUAAAGUUCAUGCUUCAGGAGUUGUACGUGUAAUGUUUUACAUGUGCCAUGAAACAUAUUAAGAUUCUUUUUAUUUGUAAUGUUUUAUCUGAAAGUUAUACUGUGAUUUUAUUUUGAAUAGCACAAAGGGAAGAGUAUAGGGAUUUAGAAAGUUGAAUGAUAGUGGCAUAAAAUGAAAUGGAGAAAAGUCAUUUGAAGAAUCAAAAGCAAAUGAAGCAAAAAAAAUUCUAAAUUAGUUUAUGCUGAUAAGGGUAUAUUCCUGCCUUGAUGGUACAUUUGGCCUGGAAUAUUAAUAUUCAUGUUUUCAAUAUAUAUUUGGUACGGGCUUUUUAUGGAAUGCCGCACAAAUGUCUUCUAUAUUUAUUUAUGACUUUAAUUUUAUAAUGUUUUUCUUUUUUUUUUUUCUUUUUUUUGCAUUUUAUCUUUAUUUUUGCAAUUGUUGUAAAAUUCUGUUCUAUUAUUUACAAUGCUGUGUUUCCUGAAUAUUUUUAGUUUUGUUUAGGGUUUUUAAUUUCAUAAAUAAAAGGAAUGCUGAGCUUCUUAAAAAAAAAAAAAACAACUAAAUAAUAAGAAUAAAGAUUUUCCACAAAGGAUUGGGGAGAGCAGUCAUAAAAAAUUACAGUAUCUAAAUUUUUUCCUGCCUAUGCCUCUUUGUCAAUGGUAGAGCUCUAUCUCUCCACCUUAAUGCACUUUUACUGGUUCAUUAUAGAAGGGUCCAUUGCAGCUAGAGAGGAGCGAACUUACAGUAAAUUUGAUUCGUCACGAACUUCUCGGCUCGGCAGUUGAUAACUUU